AAUUCCUUCCUCCAAAAGGUUUUUCCUCGGUUUUGUGAAAAACCUUGUAGCUUUUCCGUCCUCCAAAAGGAAACAGUAAUACAACCGUGGACUCGCAAGUCUUUCAGUGGACUCGCAAGUCUCGAUACCACAUUCUGAAUCUUGCAUGCAAAAGCUAUUUGUAUCCACUCCUUUUUUCAUUUCUUUAGAGUUUAGACAUCUUAUGCUAUGGAUAUUCGUGUGAAGCGAGAGAUUCUUGACGCCACUUUUAAGGAGCGACCGAAGCAAAACGGGAGUAGUAAUGCGACCGUGAUUUUAGUGAGUAGUAGCAGCGAUUCGGACUCGGUGUCAGACUCGGACGGCGAGGGAGCCGGAGCUAUCGUUUCUUCCAAUGGUGUUGGUUUCGAGGCUCGUGCGUCGAAGAAGAGGAAGCUGGAUGAGUUGGGGGUUGAGUUGCCCGUGGGGUUUCUUGCUCCUCUCCCGCCGCUUGCGACACCGGUGGGGAGGCAGUCUACGGGCAAUGAGGGCUUGGCCGUGAUUGGACAGAGUUGCAAACAGUUUUGGAAAGCGGGGGAUUAUGAGGGCGCUCCUUGUGGUGAUUGGGAAUUUGGAUCGGGUGGCAUGGAUCAUGUCAGGGUUCAUCCCAAGUUUCUACAUUCCAAUGCAACCAGCCAUAAGUGGGCCCUUGGAGCCUUCGCAGAACUUUUGGACAACUCUUUGGAUGAGGUUUGCAACGGAGCUACAUAUGUUAAUGUCGAUACGAUUAUAAGUCAAAAAGAUGGGAGCAGAAUGCUACUGAUUGAAGAUAAUGGUGGUGGGAUGGAUCCGGAUAAAAUACGACGUUGCAUGUCUCUAGGAUAUUCUGAAAAAAGCAAACUUGCUAACACAAUCGGACAAUACGGCAAUGGAUUUAAGACUAGUACGAUGAGGCUUGGUGCAGAUGUUAUUGUGUUUUCUUGUACUUCUGGAAGAGAUGGGAAAAGCCCAACACAGAGCAUCGGAUUGCUGUCUUACACAUUUUUGAGAAGCACUGGGAAGGAAGAUAUCGUGGUGCCAAUGCUUUCCUAUGAAAGAAAUGGUGGAGAAUGGAAGAUGAUAAUAAGAUCUUCUGCCAUUGAUUGGAGUAAAAAUGUGGAUACAAUUGUACAGUGGUCUCCUUUUCAUGAUGAAGUAGACCUUCUCUGUCAGUUUAAUCUUAUGAAAGAUCAAGGUACACGUAUAAUUAUCUACAAUCUCUGGGAGGAUGACCAAGGGUUCUUGGAACUUGAUUUUGACGCUGACCAGCAUGAUAUUCAACUUAGAGGUGUCAACCGAGAUGAGAAGAAAAUACAAAUGGCAAAAGAGUUUCCUAACUCUAGGCACUUCCUGACUUACAGGCAUUCUUUAAGGAGUUAUGCUUCAAUUCUCUAUCUAAGACUUCCUCCGCACUUCCGAGUCAUUCUUCGUGGAAAAGAUGUUGAGCACCACAAUAUUGUAAAUGAUAUGAUGAUGUCUCAGGAGAUAACUUAUCGUCCGAACCCUACUGCUGAUGUGGUCCCAAAGAAUGUGAAUAUGGCUGCUGUUGUGACCAUCGGAUUUGUGAAGGACGCUAGAUUUCACAUUGAUGUUCAAGGGUUCAAUGUUUAUCACAAAAAUCGACUUAUUAAGCCAUUUUGGAGGCUUUGGAAUGCUGCUGGGAGUGAUGGCCGUGGUGUCAUAGGUGUUUUGGAGGCUAAUUUUGUUGAACCAGCUCAUGAUAAGCAGGGAUUUGAACGCACAACAGUUCUUGCAAGACUUGAGUCAAAACUAAUAAACAUGCAAAAGACUUACUGGUCCUCCAACUGCCAUAAAAUCGGUUAUGCUCCCAGGCUUAAUAAGAGAUUCAUAAACGAGUCUUUAGAGAGAGAGGAAUCUUCGGACUAUCUUCCACACACUUCUGGUUCUAAAAGGAAGAAGGCCUCAAGAAGCAGGAAACUGUCUCUUGCAUCUGGAAAAUCCUAUUUACAUUCAAAUCAGAACGGGGGAGGAAAAGGCGACCAAGGACAUGGAAAAGGUGCUAUGUUUAGUAAAGAAAGUAAUAAUAGGAAAAAGGCUACAACAGCUGGAAGAAGAACAAGUUCUUUUGAGCCAUCAUCACCUUCAGCUGAGAAUGUCAGCAAUGAUCGUGUGUGCUCUGCCCCUCCCGAGAGAAAAGCUAAUGGCUGUCCUCCUGCAGCCUUGUCGUCUUCCUAUGUUAAAGAUACUGGGUCUCCACGGGAUUGUGCCUCUGUUGGAAGAGCUUUUCGGGCAGUCAUCAGGUUGCAGUCUAAGGGUGGUGAUAACAUCAAUGCUGCACCUUCAAUUCCGAACUCUGAUUUAUGUACGGUGGACCAGUUGAAAAAAGAAAAUAGUGCGUUAAAAAAAAGAUUAGAGAAAAAUGAAGGAGAGGCUCGCGGUGAAUUGAUGCGCGAUUUGCAGUAUGAAAGAGAUAGGAUCAGGUCGCUUGAAACUCAGCUCCAGGCAGCAGAGAAUAAGAUAGAGGAUUUAAACAGGGAACAGGAGAGCCUGAUUGACAUAUUUUCAGAGGAGCGGGAAAGAAGGGACAAGGAGGAAGAAAAUUUGAGAAGGAAGCUUAAGGAUGCGUCUAAUACGAUCCAAGAAUUGCUCGACAAAGUAAGGCUGCUAGAGAAGUUGAAGUCUCCUAACUUCAAACGGGAUCAUUGACGAGGUUUACACCUCUUGCUUUUUUGGUGUUACUAGUGGUUCUUAUGUAUGAUGACUUGGGACUUACAUGUUUUUGUGCUUCCAUGGUUUUCCAAUAUUGUUUUAAUCUCCAUCAGUGUUUUAAUUAGCACUGAUAAGUUUUGUCUCAAAAGCCCAAAGGUAAGCCAAAUUAGAAGACACCUUUUUGUAUUUAGUAGGCCAUGCAAAGAUUAACAGCACAGAACAUGAACUGCUAAAAGCCUAAAACAUUUAUUUUGAAGUUUUGGAGCUGGCGGAAGUGCCAAGUUUUGGAUC